AUGACUUAUGUUAUCGAGAACAGUAUCAGAAGAGUUGUACCCUAUUAUAAGUUAUAUCAGACUCAUAUAAAGACCCGAUGGGAAGGCCGAACACUAACAGAUGUGUUUACUAAGGAAUUUGGCCAACUGGAAAGUCAGGUAAACAAAGAAAUCGAAGAGAAUAAAUUGUAUGUGAUCUCUAGAUGUGGGUUUAAAGAUCAAUCAGAAUAUAAGGGAAGUGACGUGUAUACGAGAUUGAUAGCCAAAAAUGACGUGAUAUGUAAUUUGAAACAUAUUCAUGAGCCCGAAGUUAGUGAUAAUGGUAUAGAAAUAGUACACGAAUCUGACGAUUUAUUGGUUGUCAACAAACCUCCAGGAAUUCCAACUCAUCCAACUUCAAGUUAUCGAUACAAUUCAGUCUUGGAAAUCUUGAAAAAUGAUUUAGGAAUAGAUUUAUGGACUACACAUCGUCUUGAUAAGGUCACCACUGGAAUUUUGAUAUUCGGAAAGAACAAAGCAUCUGCUGUUGAUAUAAUGGAUAAGAUUUCUAGGAAGGAUAUUACUACAAAAGAAUACUUUGCUAGGGUCAAAGGGGAAUUUCCCGAGGGUAAAAUCCGUUACACAUGUCCUGUGUUCCUAGUCAAUGCUAAUGGGGGCUAUUUAAUGCCAAGUACCGUUCCCUUAAAUACCACCACAAAAUUCGAGAGAAUCAAGUAUAAUUCCGACUUAGAUGAAAGUAUCGUCAAGUGUUUUCCUAUAUCAGGUAAAAUGCAUCAGAUAAGAAUACACCUACGAAAUUUGGGGCACCCGAUAUCGGAUGACUUUUUCUAUCACGAUUCUUUGAAAAACACCAUAGAAAUGGAAAUCUAUAAACAUGUUUUCCUCAAAUAUCCCAGUUUAGAUAAGUAUCUGAAGGACGACUCAAACGAUGAUGAUACUCAAAUAGGUGACGAGGAGAUGAUCUCUUUCAGUCCCUUGAUUCUGGAGUCAAUCAAACAGGAUUUGGAGAAUCUAAAGAAACAAUCUUCCGAGAGAAUAGAAAGUUACAAGAAGGGCAAGAUGUGUGAGGAUUGUGGGAAAGAAUUGAUGGAGCCAGACCCCAAAAAAUCAUCCAUAUAUUUACAUGCAUUCCACUAUAAAUUCCCAGAAUUCGAAUUCCAAACAUCAUCACCAUCAUGGUGUGACAUAUAA